AUGCAGGACCGUAGCAGCUCCAUCCUCACCAAGGUUUUCGUUUCGGCGACAACCGCGCCCACCAUCUUCCUUCACCACCCUUACAUCCACAUCGGAAGCCUACCCUCGUUGAUCCCACUCGCUCACAAUCAUUACCUUGCGCACGCACGCAUUCCUUCCGUCCAAAGCCUCUCCCAAGAACUCACGCGCCGUGCGCAGUCGUUUUCUCAUCUUGCUGUUGCAGCACUCCACGCCUACAUCCUCACGCCACGCUCGCGAUCACCGCUCGCCAUGCUGCCCGCCCAGAGAAACAAGGUCGACAUCUCGUCGCUCAACGAGGAGGAGCAGAAGCUCUUCCGACUUUAUGGCAAGCUUCCCAAGAAGGACUUGCUGCAGAACAGGCUCAAGGAGCGCAAGUACUUUGACUCGGGAGACUAUGCGCUCUCCAAGGCAGGAAAGGCACCGCAGCAGUCGGUCGGCACCGCCAUCCCCAACCCCGAGAUGAUCCCUCACGCCUCGACGGUCACCUCGCCCGGCGCGAACGCGGUUUCGCCUCCCGGCUCCCUUCCUGGUCAGCAAGCCGGUGGCCUGGCCGGUCCCGUCAACGUCCCUGGAGCAGAGCGACUCGCCUCGCGCCCGCAAGUGAGCGCAUUCCCCAUCAGCGGAGCUGGAUCCAGCCCCGGCAAGGAGAGCAGCUCGCUCGGUCGCGAAGAGCACGUCCGUCUACAGCAGCUUCCUACAGCGUGCACAUCAUCCGUCUCCACUCCGUCUCUACUCUGUCGUCGUCACCCACCGUAUGCCUCGGACCGCGCUCUCAUUCGCAAGAUUUUUGGAACAACUCGGCAUCCCCCUUCUCUGCGGCUCUGCACGCGCGCGCCGGGCCAUGGCAGCAGACGCCCGGGUCGCUCGUCGCUCACGUUGGACAGCGUCGCUGUCAUGUACGGCACGGCCGGUCGAAGGCAAGCUCGCGAGUCUUGCAUUGCGAACUGCCCUCGUCGCGAUGCUCUCUCCAUGGUCGUGUCGAAAGUAGACGACGCCUUGCCCGAGUCGUUUGCAUCCUGGCAGUCGCGCGUCAGGAUGCCAGUGGGCGACCGGACGUCUCGGUCCCGUUCGACGCGACAUAGCAUUGGCACUGAGCGCCUUUCUGCAGCGCAGGCCGGCAUCGAGGCUCGCUUUUUGAUCCCGUCGCCCCUUGUUUCCUCUCGUCCUGGCGCGUGUCCCUCUUCUGGACACGGAUGCAAGUCGGCGAUUCGAAUCGCGCUGCACAUUCCAACCCAGCGGAUUGGGCGCAGCGGUCCACCGCUCGCAUGCGGAGAGAGGCGUGCGCGGUGGGUUCCACCAGACCAGGCGAGAGGUGGCAACCACCCCGCAUCUCGCUCCACAACUUCCGUCGAGUCUCUCUGCGCAGCAACGGGCGAUGCGUUGGCGCAGUCGCAAAUCGAUCUCGGAGGUUAUGGAUGCCGGCAAGUUAUUGGACGAGAUGCAGACAGCAGGACAGAGCGCAAAGAGCAGGGCGUGCGGUCGCAUGACAGGAUCGGCAUAUCUGCUCGGUAUAUCGCGCCUCGCUCGCGUUUCACUGCCACCUACCUCACUCGCAGAUUGCGCGCUCAGACAGCAGUUCGCUGA